GACAGAGCGCGGCGGCGGCGGCGGCGGCGCGGGAACGCGCAGCCACGGGAGCGCGCAGCGACAGCGGCGGGGAGAGAGACGGAGAGCGGCGGACGCCGUGGGACCCCCCCCCCACCCCCUUCCCUGCGGCCUACUCCCCCGGCAGGGGCUUUACACUCCCCAACUGGAGGUUUAACCGCCCCAGCCCUCCCAGCUGAGGGUUUAAACCUCCUCAGUCCCCCCAGCUGAGGGUUUAAACCUCCUCAGUCCCCCCAGCUGAGGGUUUAAACCUCCUCAGUCCCCCCAGCUGAGGGUUUAAACCUCCUCAGUCCCCCCAGCUGAGGGUUUAAACCUCCUCAGUCCCCCCAGCAGAGGGUUUAACGCUGUCCCAGCUGAGGAUUUAAAUCUCCUCAGUCCUCCCAGCAGAGGGUUUAAACCUUCCCCCAGCAGGAGGUUGAAUUACACCAGUCCCAGCAGAGGAUUUAAAUUCACCCUGCAGGAGGUUUCCACACCUGACAGGAGGUUACCCCUAACAGGGGCUUAACCUCUUCCACUGCCCCCGCAGGAAGUUUAAACUACGCCAGUAAUCCCAGCAGAGGGUUUCCCCUCACCUGGCAGAUUACCUACAACGAGGGGUCUAACCUCCAACAAGGAGUUUACCUGUCCCAGUUCCUCCAGCAGAGGGAUUAACCUUCCUCCCACAGCAGGUUUAAACUGCUCCAGUUUUCCCAGCAGAAGGGUUUAACCCCGCUCCUGUUGUCCAGCAGGAGGUCCAGUCAACCUUCUCCCAGCAGUUACCUCUCCCAGACCGGGGGGUUUAAAUUCACCCAGUGGGGGUUUAACUCUCCCAUUUGGGGGAUUACUUCCCUCAUCAGGGGCUUUAACUUCCCCAACUCUCCCAGCAGAUAUAACCGCCCCAGAUCUCCAAACCAGGGGCUUAACCCUCCCUCAGCAGAGGGUUUUGUUCCCCGAGCUUCCCCAGCAGGGGUUUGCUCCUUCACACCCCACCCACCCAGCACAGUUGGCAGAAGGUGUAUCACCCCAGUCCUCCAGCAGAGGUUUUACUACCACCCCUCCCCAGCUCACCCAGCAGGGAUUAUAUCACCUGUGCACCCCUCCCAAGCAGAGCCUUGUCCCCCUACACGCCUUGACCCGAGCCUGGUAGACCAGCCUUGCGAUGGAUGACGUCCUGGUCUCACUGGGGACCGUGGCUGGCACGGUGACAGUGUGCCAGGCACUACGACGCAUGGCCAGGGAGAUGCUGCAGCCCCCGUGCCCGCCCCCGCAGGUGGGACGGGGUGGGCAGACCCAGGCCCCACUUCUGGAGCUGGCCACUGAACUCUUCUCCACCCUGCAGCUGUGCCUCUGCACCCACGAGCUGCGUCUACUGGGGCUCUCGGGGGUGAUGCCAGGGUGGGGCCCGGCACUGGUGCUCGUCUAUCUCAUCACCCUGGUCCACAUCUCCACCUUCGGCAGCGCCAGCUGCAAUCCAGUGAGCUCCCUGGAGCAGUUCCUCUGUGGGCAUUGCAGCGGGCAGCUGGCGCUCUUUAAGGUACUGGUGCAGUUGGCAGCUGCCGCAGUCGCACACAGCCUGUCCGAGGUGAUCUGGGCCCUGCACUUGUCCGACCUGCACUUGCAUCACUCCCAGAGCCAGCACAAGUGUACCUCGGCGCUGAACACCAGCACGUUAAGCAGCGGGAUGCUCGUGGAGUUUGCCUGUGCCUUCAGCCUGCGAGCCGUCAUCUUCAGGUUCCAGCACCUUGCUCCUACACCCAAGAUGCAUCUGGUGGUUGGAAUAAUCACCUUCCUGGUGUUUGCAGCUGGAGACCUGACAGGAGCUGUGUUUAACCCAGCAUUAGCCUAUUCAGUCACAUUCAACUGUGAAGGAAAUACCUUUCUUGAAUACGCCUUGGUUUACUGGCUUGGACCUCUGUUGGGUGCCCUGACAGCAGUGGUGUUGCUCGACAAGAACACGGCAUAUUGCACCAGCAUAGCUGUGCAAACGCAGAAGCCCACAGAGAAGGAAGACUGAGAGGGGAUGAGUGAAAAGAAGUGUCGUAGGGAGCACCUCCGAAGGAGAGGGAGGCUGCUGGUGCUACGAAGAUUAAUCUUUUACUUCCAUUUCAACUGUGACUUUGAUAAAUGAAAGACGUUAGCAAGCAGUAUUAAUCAACCGAUAUUUGUAUCAGAAUUUUUAGGGACUUUUUUUUCAAAAGCUGAGGAAAAUUUUUAAAUAGAUUUUGUUUUCUCUGGACCAGUGAGAGCCCAUUUGCUGCUGAUGUUAGGGGAUGCUGCCUUGGGUAGGAUUUCCCUGUUUUACCAGGAAAGGAUGGUGUUAAUAUGAACUACAUCAAUAGAUACAGGCCUUUUCACCAAUGAAGAAUAGAUCUUAAUAACAAAAUUGUGAAGCUAGUUAGUUUUAUUCUAGGAUUGAGCAUACCAAUGUCCAGCAAAAUUCCACAGAAACAGAUUUAAAUCACUAAAUUUUAUUAAGUUUUAUUAAUAAAAUGUUUGGCAUUUAGCACCAGCCAUUUUCUAUGGACAUUGUACGUGUGAUGAGGGGAGGAGGAGUUGCAGCAUGGACCAGCUCCAGAAUUACCUGUGCCACAUUGACAUCACACCCAGAAUGGAUGGUCCACUUUCUUCUAGUGGGAUAAGUAGUUCUGGGGCUGGACCAGAUGGGAAAAUUGCAAUGCUUGAUUACCGUGGCUGUGA